AUGUCAGCUUUCGAAAGGCCAUGGCGGUCUCGCCGUUCUCCUGUGGGCAGUGGGUCUGGUCAGCCCGCAAUCAUACUGAUUACUAGCCCGGCCCCGCCAGCUCCUCCAGCACCUCCCGCACCUCCGGCACCCCCUGCGCCUCCGGCGCCACCUGCGCCUCCUGUGCUUCCCCCGGGCUUCGUCGACUGGCGCACCACACCUCCGUUGGACCCGCUCGAGGAGGAGGGGUUUCCCGAACCCGUCGCCGAGGACGCCGAGAACGAGAACAUGGAAGACGACGUCAGGGAUUUCCCGAUCCCGACGUUCCCGGAUGAGUUGAUCCACAACGAGAGCGGGCCUCGCUCCAAGGUUGACGGUGCUCCAGAAGCUCGACCCGCCCGCAAGAAUAAUCACCGUCGCACGGCGCGAACCAUGGGUGAGAAGCAGGAAUGGCUCGCGCGGAUGGAGGAGGAGAAGCUCUCCGUCCGCGCCACUGCACGACUUGCCGGGGUGCAGCCUGUCAGCGUCCGCCGGUGGAUAAGGGCGGCGGAUCGGAUUAAGAAGGCAGCACCGUCCAGGCGCCGACUGAGUGGUGGAGGAAGAAAGGCGAAAUAUCCCGACAUGGAGGCGCACACCUACAAGCGGCUCCUGAACUUCCGCGGACGUGGCUUGGCCGUGCCUAUUCGUCUCAUCAAGGACUGGAGCCGGUGCUACAUGAAGGCGCACUACCCUGAUGUGAGGUGGAUGGCGUCCAACAGGUGGACGUUCCGCUUCCGCCAGCGUUUGGGCCUCGCUAUCCGCGUCAAAACGAAGAUGGGUCAGCGUAUGGCAGCGGGUGAGUGGUAUGCUUGCGCUUCCGUACAUGUGUGUGUUUCUAUCGUUUGCACAGCGACAUGUUACACUCAUGCUUAA